UCAUUUUCACCAUAGGGUCCAGUGAGGAGUGUUGCUGCAUUUGUUCACCCUUUGCCCAUCCAUUUUUGUAUGCACUUAUUUUUAAAUGCUAUUUUACUGCAGGACUUCUUUUGUAGUAAUCUGUAGUUCAGUCAUGUAGUUACCAUUAGAUCCUUAGGGUAGUUGGGCUGGAAAGGUCUUUUUAGCUAUUCUGAAAUCACAUGCAGAUUGUAUUUGGCCACAGAAAUAUUCCUAAUCACAAUGUUUCCAUAAAUCAUAAUCUGUUGAUCCACAUGCUUUCUUUUGGUCUAAGCUCACAGUUGUUUGUAAUUUAUUGAAAUAUUUUCUUAGAAGCAAAUGAUUAUGUUAAUUAUUUUUAGUUUUAUGGGAAAUUAUCUUUUCCUUAUUACUGUAUUACCUUAUUGGGAGGUUAUAUAUCUCUUGUUCAUUUUCAAGAUAUAGAAAUGAUGUGAGCAAGUAUUUCAUGAUGUGGCUUAGUAGGCAUUAGUAUCUAAGUAACAAGUCAUAUACCAAUGGAUUGUAAUUGCUGUUGCAUGUAAUUACUUUGCUCUUACAUUGUUUACAAUUGUAUUUUCUUGAAUUUUCUUCUUUCAGAGAAGAGUUCCAGUCACAAAUGCAUACGUAAUGCAAUUUGACAUUUACUGCUAAGGUGAAAUGCAGAAAUGAAAACGACACAUCCAUUUUAGUAUUCUCAGAUGUGACUAGAUGUACUUUAUCAUGUUUCUGUGCAACUGACUUAUUACAAAAUGUUUAUAAAGGUUACAGUUAAAUAGCUAGGACCUGCAUACUUCUCGGAUAAACUGAGACAUCACAAGGAGAGAGAUUUUGUUUCAGCUUAAUCAUACCUCAGAGGAGCCCUCAGCCUAGAUCCAUACACAUUCCUUCAGCAGCAGCUGUCACUAGAUACUUUGCCUCCUAGGAUGGCUGACAGACUUCCCACAGAGUUUGACGUCGUGAUAAUAGGGACAGGAUUGCCUGAAUCUAUCCUUGCAGCUGCGUGUUCAAGAAGUGGACAGAGGGUCCUGCAUAUCGACUCAAGAAGUUACUAUGGAGGCAACUGGGCGAGUUUCAGCUUUCCUGGGUUGCUGUCUUGGUUGGAAGAACUUCAACAAAACAGUGACACUGAGGAAGAAACGAUUGCUGCAUGGCAAAACUUGAUCGAGGAUACAGAAGAAGCCAUAUCUCUUCAAAAGAAGGAUGAAACUAUUCAACACGCAGAAGUAUUUUGUUAUGCAAGUCAAGAUAGGGUAGACAGUGUUCUAGAGACUGAUGCUCUGCAGAAAUAUCCUUCCUCGGAGACCUCUAGUACCUCCAUUAAACCUCUAGAUUCCACUAAAGAAAAGGACUCAGCACCUGUUACCAGCUGCAAAAUGCCUGACAAACACACUCAGAAAAGUGGAGAGAUUUCACUGGAAGUACCUGAUGAAGAGGAGUUGAUGGAGAAAGAAAAGCCCUGUGGUGAUAAAAUUUGUAUACACAGAGUUUCAGAUGAAGAGAAAAAUAAAAACCAACCUGCAGACGAACCCGAAGACAAUGCUGAUAAGCCAAAGAGAAAUAAGAUUACUUACCCCCAGAUGGUUAAAGAAGGCAGGAAAUUUAAUAUUGAUUUGGUAUCAAAGCUGCUGUAUUCCCAAGGAUCAUUGAUUGAUCUUUUAAUCAAAUCAAAUGUUAGUCGUUAUGCAGAAUUUAAAAAUGUGACUCGGAUCCUUGCCUUUCGGGAAGGCAAGGUAGAACAGGUGCCUUGCUCCAGAGCAGAUGUCUUUAAUAGCAAAGAACUUACUAUGGUUGAAAAGAGGAUGCUGAUGAAAUUUCUUACGUUUUGUCUAGACUAUGAACAGCAUCCUGAUGAAUACCAAGAUUUCAAACAGUGUUUAUUUUCAGAGUACUUAAAAACUAAAAAAUUAACUCCUAACCUUCAACAUUUUAUACUACACUCAAUUGCAAUGAUAUCAGAAUCAUCUUGCACCACAUUUGAUGGCCUUAAAGCAACAAAAAACUUCCUUCAGUGUCUUGGGCGUUAUGGCAACACUCCCUUUUUAUUUCCUUUGUAUGGGCAAGGAGAAAUUCCCCAGUGUUUCUGCAGGAUGUGCGCAGUUUUUGGUGGAAUCUAUUGUCUUCGUCAUAAAAUAAAAUGCCUUGUAGUUGACAAAGGAUCUAGACGAUGUAAAGCAAUUAUAGAUCACUUUGGUCAGAGGAUAAAUGCUGAAUAUUUUAUUGUGGAGGACAGUUACCUUUCUAGGGAAAUAUGCUCCAAUGUGCAGUAUAAGCAGAUAUCAAGGGCAGUGCUCAUUACAGAUCAGUCUAUUCUGCAGACAGAUUCAGAUCAGCAGAUUUCCAUCUUGAUAGUGCCGCCUGAAGAGCCAGGAGCUUGUUCUGUUCGGGUCACAGAAUUGUGUUCUUCAACCAUGACAUGCAUGAAAGAUACCUAUCUAGUACAUCUCACCUGUUCAUCUUUAAAAACAGCAAGGGAAGACCUGGAGCCAGUAGUGAAGAAAUUAUUCUCACCUUUUGCUGAAACAGAAGCAGAUGAGGAAGGUCUCAAAAAGCCAAGACUCUUGUGGGCUCUUUAUUUUAAUAUGAGAGAUUCCUCAGGGGUUAGCAGAAGCGCAUAUCAUGGCUUACCUUCCAAUGUUUACGUCUGCUCUGGGCCUGAUUGUGGUCUGGGGAAUGAGCAUGCGGUCAAGCAAGCAGAAACACUGUUUCAUGAGAUCUUUCCAAGUGAAGAGUUCUGCUCUCCUCCUCCAAAUCCAGAAGACAUUAUCUUUGAUGGUGAUGAUAAGCAGCUGGAUGCUCCAGGAACUGAUAAUACAGAAAUGGCUAAGCUAGAAGACGGCGAGGAAAGCAAAAACCUAGAAAAUGCAGGACAACACCUUCAGACUUAGAAAAGUGCAACUUGGAAAUUUUCUUCAUCUUGGCAUUGAGUAUUAUCACUUGAAGGACAGCUUCCAUAUGAGUAAUUACAGGUGACUGUAUGAGGAAGGCCUUGCAGAUGCCGCUAGCUGUCUUUGAGACAAUGGACAUUGUAUGUCUUAAUUAUCAAUUACUGGCUUUUGAACUUUGUUUCAGCUUUUUUUCCAUGAUUCAGUCUUAAAACAGUUAGCUUUAUUUUACUAUUGAGUGUAUGUGUGAGAGUUUCAUGUGAACAUUUUGGGAAGGUAAAAUUGUACCUGCUAUUGAUAUUCAUCAUCUGUAGAACAAUAAAUAAUGUCAAAGGCAUACUUCAGUUACGUUUGCAGCUCUACCACUUGUUUGAAUAGCAAAACACAUAUACAAAUAGUAAAUUAUGUAAGCCUUUUAUAUAGAAUAUGAAUAAGUGGACUUUGUAGUAAGAAUAGCAACUAAUACAAGUGCCAAUAUGACAAAAUGCAGUUGUCUAAUUGU